AAAGAUUUUAACGGCCUUCCUCCCUUUCCCCUCCAAUCCCAAAUUCCCCUCCUCCUCUCUUGCUCUGUCAAGAUCGCUACGAGCCUGCUGUGCUCUAUAUAUCUCAACCUUUUCCCUCUGUGGAAUAACGUCGCGUGAACUUUUUUUUCACGGUUUUUUCUGGUUCCUCGAACGAAGAUAAAAACCUUAUAUACGAUUCCAUCAUGCUCUCCAAGUUCGGUUUGGGCUCGCGUGCCGACGUCGAGAAGGGCCCCGAGGUCGACAAUACCCUUGCCUACGACAGCAACAGCAACGAGAACUAUGACAAUGUCAGCGAUAGCGCGGUUCCCGGCGAGAGCUUCGAGUAUGGAAACUCGCUCUACGCUAGGAUACAGCGCAUUGCCGGCAAGUUCAACAUUGAACAGCGUGGAAUUGAGCGCGUGCCUGAGAACGAGCGUACCGAUACUUCCUACAUCAAUAUCGGCAGCAUGUGGCUGGCGGCCAACAUGGUCGUGAGUUCCUUUGCCAUUGGCGUGUUGGGCAAAUCGCUCUUCUACCUGGGCUUCGUCGACGCUAUUCUCGUCUGCCUGUUCUUCAACCUCCUCGGUGUCUUGACCGUCUGCUUCUUCUCCUGCUUCGGUCCCGCAUUCGGUCUGCGCCAGAUGGUGUUGUCUCGCUUCUGGUUCGGCUGGUUCCCCGUGAAGUUCAUCGCCGUCCUCAACGUCCUAGCCUGCGUCGGCUGGUCCGCUGCCAAUGCCAUCGUGGGUGCGCAGCUGCUGAACGCUGUCAACGGUACCGUCCCUGGUUUCGCCGGUAUCCUGAUCAUCACCUUCUGCACCCUCUUCAUCACUUUCGCCGGUUACAAAGUUGUCCACAAAUAUGAGAAGUAUAGCUGGAUCCCCACCUUCAUCGUCUUCCUCAUCGUGCUGGGCACCUUCGCCCACUCUGGCGACUUUGUCAACAUUCCCAUGGGCGCCGGUACCUCCGAGCUGGGCGAUUGUCUCUCCUUUGGCUCGACCGUGUACGGCUUUGCCACCGGCUGGACCAGUUACGCGGCCGACUACACAGUCUACCAGCCCGCCGACCGCAGCCGCCGCAAGGUCUUUUUCUCGACCUGGGUCGGUCUCAUCGUCCCCCUGCUCUUCACUGAGUUCUUGGGCAUCGCCGUAAUGACCGCAACCGCCCUCAACGAUGGAAACAACAAGUACGCCCUUGGUUAUUCCGAAUCCGGUAACGGCGGUCUGAUCGGUGCCGUCCUUGAGCCUCUGGGUGGUUUCGGCAAGUUUUGCCUGGUCAUUCUGGCUCUCUCCAUUAUCGCCAACAACUGCCCCAACAUCUACUCCGUCUCCCUGACCCUGCAAGUCCUGAGCCGCUACACGCAGCGGGUGCCCCGUUUCAUCUGGACUUUCCUCGCCUCCUGCGUCUCCCUCGCCAUCGCCAUCCCCGGCUACUCCCACUUCGAGACCGUCCUCGAGAACUUCAUGAACUUCAUUGCCUACUGGCUGUCCAUUUACUCUGGUAUCGCUGCGGCCGAUCACUUCGUUUUCAAGCGCGGCUUCCGCGGCUACCGUCCGGAGAUCUACGACAAGCCCGAUAAGUUGCCCAUCGGUAUUGCCGCGUCCAUUGCGUUCUGCUUCGGUGUCGCCGGUAUGAUCACCGGUAUGAGCCAGACCUGGUUUGUCGGACCGAUUGCCAAGCAUGCGGGUGAGUUGCCGUUUGGUGGUGACGUUGGUUUCGAGCUGGGCUUCGCUUUCUCGUUCGUUAUAUAUUGCGCUGUGCGGCCGCUGGAGCUUCAUUUCUUCGGUCGGUAAUUUGGGACGAGAACUUCAUGUAUAUAUUGAGAUCUGGAUAGGUUAGGAGGGUACAACCUUCUGUCAGAAAAUCUUUGGGAUUGUAUUGGAUAUAAUAAUUAGUUGCGUCGUGUUUAUCAUGCAUUUAUUUAGUGAAACAGCUCCUAUAAUCGAGCCUGCAUUUGCAUUAUUUGCAAUCAUGUUCAUCACUUUUUCUUUGUACAUUUCCACUUAGUGGCUACCUUCAACGCCUUCACUUCCCCGAAGGCAUUCUUUCAUCGACAGCAGGUCAAGUCCAAGCACAGACUCCCACAACCAGUUUGACACUGAUUGAUCGCCCUCUCAAGACUCUGCCGCCUCUUGGAACUGCUCUCUCCUUCCCCGAUUCCAAUCUCCACCCCCGAGCUAUGCGUUGAUUGGCCGGUAGUCGAUACUUGUCGACUGGUAUGAAUCUCCGGCUGAAGCGUCACGGAAUGAAUACCGUACGCAUGGAAACAUUCCCGAAUCGUCUUGGCGAGACUGUCAAAGUCGAGAAUGAUAUCACCGUCGAUGACCACAUGCGCAGAAGCAAGGGACUUGGUCUGAUUCAGUCGCCAGAUAUGUAGUUCGUGCACGGCCAGGACUCCGGGGACUCGUUCGAGAUCGUGUUUGACGUCGUCAUGGUCGACCCCUUGCGGUGCGCUUUGGAGGAGGAUGAGUCCGGAUUGUUUG